AUGGCUUCGACUUGUUUAGCCACAGUCUAUGCAACCUCCAUCUCAUCCCACCUGCACAAACCAUCUCGUUCCAAAUGCGUAACCCACCCAGAUCUCAUUGGCCUACCCCGCCUGUCGACACUGGAGCCGACACGAAAAACUACCUACCCCAACAGUGUGGAGGUCUGUCUGCUUUACCGGACGAAGGGGGAGGGAGGAUGCACGGCUCCGAUUCGGCCUCGACAUGUGUCGCCGAGCCCCCCCGGCGACCCGCCAUUUGUCCGUUCUACCGGUGGUCGUCCCGUCUUCGCUCUCGAUGCGGGAGGCUGCCGCAGCGAUUGGUCCCCAUGGGAUCAACCGUUUUACCUAAUUGCAGAAUCCGAGUGGCAUAUGGUGUGA